AACAUAAAGGUUAUCGUUGUUGGGAUCCAGUAUCACAAAAACUCCGUGUCUCUCCUCAUGUCAUUUUUUGGAAACACACUAUGUUUGCUUCUCUUUCUGAAUUCAAGGCGUUUCCUUCUCAUCAACCUCCUAUCUUCACUAAUCCAUCCCUUGAGUUAUUUCCUAAUGAUGAUGCAGGGUCUCCUAAUGAUGAUGCAAGGUCUCCUAAUGAGCUUUCAAAUGAUCAAACUUCCACGGCUCCUGUUUCAGAAGAUGUCUCUUCUACGGAUAUUGCACCUGGAACAAAUGAGAUUGAAAAUCCACCAUGGGUAUACAAGAUCAAAACUCGUUCUGAUGGAUUUUCGGAGCACUAUAAGGCACAUCUGGUGGCAAAAGGUUUUACGCAGGAAUAUGGCAUUGACUAUGAGGAGACCUUUGCUCUUGUUGCUCGUCUUACCACAGUUUACAUGAAACCGCCUCCUAGACUUACUCCUCCUUCGAAUAAGGUAUGUCAAUUGCGACGAGCCAAGCUUGUUACAUCCUCAGAUGAUGGUUAUCUUCUCUCUCAAAUGAAAUAUGUAUCAGAUCUCAUAUCUAAAGCCGGUCUCACUGAUAGUAAGAAUGUCUGCACACCUCUUGAACAGAAUGUCAAGCUUACACCGUUAGAUGGUUCUCCACUCCCUGACCCUACUCGUUAUCGGCAAUUGGUUGGUAGUUUGGUUUAUCUUACUACAAUACACCCAGACAUAGCAUAUGCAAUUCAUGUUGUUAGUCAGUUUAUGGCUGCCUCCCGCUCCACUCAUUAUGCUGCUGUACUUCGUCUUAUUUGCUAUGUUAAGGGAACACUAUUUCAUGGACUUCACUUCUUAGCUCAUUCCUCCCUUGUCCUUCGUUCAUAUUCAGAUGCUGAUUGGGCUGGUGAUCUUACAAAUCGAAGAUCCACUACUAGCUAUUGUCUCUUUCUUGAUCUUUUCACUAAGGCUCAUUUUCUUGGACGCUUCCGCACUCUUCUUUCCAAACUCAAGCUGGUCUCUUCUUCACCACCUUGAGUUUGAGGGGAGAUGUUACAGAAUAUUCUCCCUUGAUUGCUAUGAUUAUAUUCAGAUUAUAAUUGAUUGACAUAAUUAAAUUAAUUGAUUUUGUAUCACAGACUAUUCUCUUAUACAGGCUUAUAAAUAGGCACUUAGUAU